CAAUCCAAAGCCACCCUCCGUCCUUUCUUAUCCCAAACACAACACUCGUGUAGCUCUCCCCUGGUCUAAGCAGAGGCAUUUCAACGAACAUGUCGCUCGUCACAGCUUUUCUGGCGGGCUCAGCGGCGCCGGCGGUCGCGCCACGGUCCGCCCGCCCGUCGGUGGGCUUCUUUGGGGUCGGCGGAGGGUGCGCGCUGUCGGUGGAGUGCUCGUCGCGGCCGCAGAAGAAAGGGACCAAGCACCAUAUGAAGACGCGGCCCAAGAAGACGCAGCGGUGGGACAUCAAGCGCCGCCCCAUUCAGUACGAGCCGCUGCCGGCGCUUCCCGAUGACUGGACGCUCGUCGCCGCCGGUGAGAAGGAAGAUGCGGCGCCGCAGGACGAGGAGACCACGCCCGCUGCUGCCGUUGAGGUCGAGGUGGUCGCCGCCCCUGCCGCCCCUGCCGCCGCAGACUGACGCCGUGAAGUCCACUGUGUCCUCUCUGUAUUUUAUUUCCUUCAACUCUCCGCACGCAUGGUUUUUGCUUGAGAUUAUUAACCAAUGCUACACUUUGCAAUUACAACCCUGAAUUCUACUUCAGUGGCCACUGCACCUUUAGAUUUUAGUGGUUGCUUUGCUCGA